GUACGCAGCUGCCCACGACACAACCAUGGCUACGUCUGCCCGAGGCCCGCCAGGCGCUGUUGCCGUGUCAAAGGAGGGGAUUCCGAACCGAACAUUAUACGUGCGCAACCUGCCCGACAAGCUGCAAAAGGAAGAUCUCAAGCGCAAUCUAUAUAUGCUCUUUGCCACCUAUGGCGUCAUUCUCGACAUUGUCGCGCUCAAGACUAUGAAGAUGCGCGGUCAAGCGCAUGUUGUUUUCCGCGAUGUCGACUCGUCAACGCAGGCAAUGCGUGCUCUGCAGGCCUUCACCUUUUUCGGCAAAGACAUGCAAAUUACUUACGCAAAGACAAAGUCCGACACCAUCGCGAAGCUGGACGGAACGUACAAGAUGCCUGAACCUGAGCGGGAAGAUCAGCCUGAACAAGCUUCUGCACAGGCUAUCGGAUUCGGCGUUGCACCUGAAAAGGCUGUGCCUGUCAACGCUCAAGAUGCUGCCAAGGGGCAAAAGAGAGCGCGUGAGGACGAAGACGAAGACGAGAACUCGGAUGCUGAGAUGGAGAUGGACGUGAGCGACGAGGACUCGGACGAGGACUAAGCUUCGAAGAUGGCGUAUGCCAGGAAAUGAUACCCACGAGCAACGAACCAGACCCACCGGGCACCUCGAGAAGCCUUAUUUGCCAU